AUGGUAGAUACUCGAUUUUCGGCUUUAUUAGAGCAGUUUAUCGAUGAUUUGCAGAGUCCAAAUGAAGAUACGCGUCUUCGAGCAACAGACGAGUUCUACGAAUGUAUUCUUGCUCAAUAUGCUGAUGCUCCAUCUGAUGUUGUUACAAGUAUUGCUGAACAAGUACAAGAUUUAGUUCGAACAAAAAUGCGUAAUCCAUAUAAUGUCAAUGAAAAUCGAGCAGGCCUUCUUGUUAUCCUUUGUUUUAUUUGUGUCGGACAAAAUUUCUACACUGAAUUAAGUAAUAAAAUAGAACCAACAUUACGCGGUUAUAAACAAAUGUCAGUUGAUGCUAAUUUAUGUGAAUUAGUUAUCAAGUUAACAUGUAUUCUUGUCAAAGGUUGUGGUCGAAUGAGUAUUGAUCAAUUUUCACAUGAUAUUCCUAAAGCAAUUGAACGAAUAUCACAUGAUCAAACACAUGAAACAAGACGUUAUAGUGGUAUAACUAUUUUAAGAGAAAUUGCUCUUGUUGCUCCAUCACGUUAUUAUCAUUUAAUAACACCUGUUGAACAAUUUUUGGAACACCUUUUUGUUACAAUGACAGAUCCACAGAAAUAUAUUCGUGAAGCAUUUGCUGAAACAAUUCAUGCAACACUAGUUGUUCUCAUUGAUCGUGAACGAGACGAACGACAUAGUGAUAAUAUUGAUACAAUAACAGGAGAAUAUUUAACAAAUAGUAAUAUAAGUUAUGCUAUUAAUACAGAAUCCAAUACAUUUAUUAAAGCAUAUCAUAUGAUUUAUACGAAAGCAAUGAAAUGUUUAACAGUUGAUACAACAAUAGAUAAAACUGAACAAAGAGAAGAUCAGAUUCAUGGAGGACUUUUAUUACUUAAUGAAUUAUUACGAGUAUCAGAUGUCAAAUUUGAAAAUAUAUGUCAAGAUUUAAUUCAUUCAUAUAGUGUAUCAAGACCUAAACAAGUUUCAUAUAAAAACAUACAUCGUACUCGUGUUGUUUUACAAUUUGAACGUCCUGCUCCAUUAUCUCCUUCGACUAUAAUUAUGAAUUCUGAAAAAUUUCAAACUCCAGUUCAAUCAUCUCUUAUUCAGUUCAUAAUGCUCGAAAAUUUUCUUCCUAUCUGUAAUCAAAUAUUUCAAUAUUGUCAACAACCGAAAUCUAUGAUAUCGAAUGUACUAAUUCGUAUUUUACCACGUUUAGCAUCAUUAAAUUAUAGAUUAUUUUCAUAUUAUUCAUACGUUGAUGCAACAAUGAAUUUUAUAUUUGAACGUAUCAAUUCUUGUGAACUGAAAGAACGUCAAUUAGGAUUUCAUGCAUUAGGUUUAAUGAUUUUAACUGAUAAAAUAAGUCGAGCCAAUAAUCCAGAUUUAUCAAUAACAUCAAUACCAUUAACAAACGAUAUGACAAACAUAUUCGAUUGUUUAAAACAAACAUUUAUUCCAAUACCAUUAGCACAUGCACAUAAUCAAAAUAAUUUAUUAUCAUGUCGAUAUGCAUCACCUGAUUCAAGUGUAUUUGCAUGUAUAACAAUGAUUGGUGAAGUUGGACCAGAUACGUCAACAUGCUUAGAUAAUUUAAUAGAAUAUUUAUUACAUUGUGGUUUCAAUCAUUCAUUAUUAUUUUGUUUAAAGAAAUUAUGUUCAAUGCCUUUAAUACAUAUUGAUAUAAAACGUAAAAUUCAUCAAGGUUUAUUAGCAAAUUUACAUUCAAUAUUAGGUAAUCCAUUAUCACAUAAUGCAAAUUUAACCAAUGAACAAACUGAUAUAAUUAUCAUGGCAUUAGAAACAUUGAGAAUAUUUGAUUUUGAAGUACAAACUAUUGAAUCAUUUUGUAUUUGUAUAUUAAAUACACAUUUUAUUGAACAUGAUAUUGUACGUAUAAGAAUUGAAUCUAUUAUAACAAUAACAUAUUUAUUAAGAAAAUUAUUAUUAUCAAAUACAGCAUUAUUAUUAACAGGAGUAAAUAAAUUACGAAUUAAAAUUAGUCAUAUAAUACAAAAAAUAUUAACUAUUGGUGUAACUGAUUUAGAUGCUGAUGUACGUUAUAAUGUGUUUUUAACAUUACAAGAUGAUUUUAAAGAAUUUUUAAUCAAAUCAGAUUCAUUAGAAUUAUUAUUUUAUUCUAUACAUGAUGAAUGCCAUGAAAUAAGAGAAUUAGCAUUGAGUCUUAUUGGAAUAUUAUCAAAUUUUAAUCCAGCUUGUAUUUUACCACGAUUAAGACAAUUACUAUUACAAUUAUUCAGAGAAUUAGAAAUCGGUUGUUCAUUAAGUGGAAAAGAACAAGCAUCAAGAUUGUUAGUACAAUUAAUUGCAAAUGCACCAGAAAUUGUUAGACUAUAUAUGCAACCUAUUGCUCAAACUCUAUUACAACUAAUAAAACAACAUGAACAACAUGCCAAUGUUCUCAUUGCAUUAGUUCGAACAGUUGGUGAACAAGCUCAAAUCUGUGGUAUUGAUCUAGAUCAGCGUGUAUAUGAUCUAUGUCCUAUUCUAAUAAACAUGAUGCAAGACACUAUAAAUUAUCGUAAACGUGAAGUUGCACUAUGGACAGUUGGUCAAAUUGUUGAACAUUGUUGUUAUGUUAUUGAACCAUUACAAAAAUAUCCUAUUUUACUUGAUGUUCUUUUACAAUUUUUGAAAUCUCCUGAACAAAUUCCAUUUCGUCGUGAAACGAUACGUGUUCUUGGACUUCUUGGUGCCAUUGAUCCGUACUAUAUUCGUUCAACAAAUGAUUUAUUAUGUUCAUUAUCAUAUGAUAUGUAUGAUAUAACAUCAAUACAUCGUAUUCGUACACCAUCAGAUCCAAUUGAAAUAUCUUCAAAUGAACUUUUAAUAGCAUCCGGUACUCAAUCGUUAUAUGAUUUUUAUACAUCAAUAGCAAUUUAUGCUUGUCUUCGUGUAUUAAAAGAUCCAAAAUGUCCACAAUUACAAAUAAAAGCUGUACAAACUAUAUCAAUUAUAAUUCAAUGGCUUGGAAAUUUAUGUACACCAUAUGUAUCACUUAUCCUACCAUAUUUAUUAUCUGUUGUUCGUAGUACAGAUGAGAGAAAUUUAUUAGUGUAUUUUCAUCAACUUAAUUUAAUAAUCAUAUCAAUAAAAGGUCUAAUUAUUCAAUAUAUUAAUGAUGUUAUUAAAUUAAUUCAUGAUUAUUGGGAUACACAUAUAGAUUUACAAAUAUUACUUAUACGAACAAUAGAGUCAUUAUAUAUUGCAUUAGAUAAUGAAUUUCAUCAUUAUAUACAUUUAUUAUUACCGUUUCUUGUGAAAAUACUUCAUAGUGAUAAAUAUGUAUUAAAUAUAAAUAGUUUAGCAAGAAAUGAAAGUCAAGAUCGUCAUUUAAUAUUAUCACAAAUAUUUUCAACAUUAAUUAAAUUUGGUAAAAUAUUAGAACCACAUAUUAGUUCUAUUUUACCAUCAAUAUUAGAAAUAGUAUCAAUAGAUGCAUAUCCAUUGAAAUUAAGAUAUGAAGCAUUACAUACCAUUGAACAAUUAGCUGAUAAGAUUGUUUUAAGCGAUUAUGUAACAGCAGUAUUACAAAUUUUAUUAAAAAUUAUACGUAAAACACCACAAUUGCAAAUUAAAUGUUUAGAUAUCAUAUUAAUCAUAGCACAACAAAUGGGUAAAUCUUUUCUUGUAUUUAGUCCACUUGUAUCAAAAACUAUGGAUGAUAUGAAAUUACAACAUUCUAAAUAUGAAUCAUAUACAUCGAAAUUAAAAGAUUCAUCAUUUGUUGAAUUACAAACAGAAACAAUUCCGAAUUCAAAUCAUACAUCAAAUGAACCAAUACGAAAACGUGAUGAUAGAGUUUUAUAUACAAUACGUACUGAACAAUUAAGACAACAUUGGUUACAAGCUCUGCAAAGAAAUCCAAAUGAUUUGCCAAUAUGGUUAAAUAAAUUUCAACAACUUGUUUUAGAACAAUCACCUGUUUAUCCAUUACGUGCUAUAGGUACUCGUUUAGCACAAGUAUUACCAUCAAUUUCACGUGAUUUAUUUAAUGCAUCAUUUAUAUCAUGUUGGAGUGAAUUAAAUUUAGAUGAUCAACAAAGUUUAACAAAUGCAUUAACAUAUAUUUUAUCUAUAUGUGAUAAACCAGAUAUCAUACAAACAAUAUUAAAUUUAGCUGAGUUUCAUAAUCAUUGUUAUUUUAAAUUAAAAUUAGAACGAGAAAAAAAAUCUAAUUCAAAUAAUGAAGAUUUAAAUAUAAAUGAUACAAAUGAUAUUCAACAAUCAUUAAUUAAUAUACAUUUAUUAAGUGAAAAAGCAUUUAGUGUAAGAGCUUAUGCUAAAGCUUUGAGAUAUAAAGAAGAAGAAUUCCGAAGACAACAUGAUUCAGCAUCGAUAACACAACCAUCUAUUACAUCAGAUAUAAUCGAAUCAUUAAUCAAUAUUAAUUAUGAAUUACAACAACCUGAAGCUGCUUAUGGUGCAUUACAAUAUGCUAAACAUCAUAAUAUUCCAAUAAAAGGUCUUUGGUAUGAAAAAUUAAAUCAAUGGGAACGAGCAUUAAGAAAUUAUGAAUUUCUUAAAACAAACGAUCCGUCAAACAUGGAUACACAAUUAGGACGUAUGAGAUGUAUGCAAGCACUUGGUUCAUGGAGUGAAUUAAGAGAUUUAGCAUCUAAUGUAUGGGAUAUAACUGAACAAAUUCAUGAUGAACAACCAUUAUCCAUGUUACCAUUUACAACAAGUUUAGUUGAUAGAAAUUUAUCAUCAACAUCAUUAAAUUUUCCUCAAGGUAUUAUUAAUGGAUGUGAACUAAAAAAAACUUUACAACAAAAGAUUGCAUCUAUGGCAACACGUGCAGCAUGGAGUCUUGGUAAUAUGACUGAUAUGGAAAAAUAUUAUAUACAUAUACCAGAUACAAAUUUUGAAGGAGCUUAUUAUCGUGCUGUUGAUGCUAUUAGAAAAGAUAACUAUAGACAAGCACAAGAUUCAAUUGAUUUAGCAAGAGAAUUAUUAGAUGUUGAAUUAACAAUAUUAGCUAAUGAAAGUUAUAAUCGAGCUUAUUCAGCUAUGAUCAAUGCUCAACUUUUAUCUGAAUUAGAAGAAGUAUGGUACUAUAAAGUAUCACCUGAACGGCGUCAAUCUAUAUGUGAAAAUUGGCAAAAACGUAUGCAAGGUAAUCAACCAAUUGUUGAUGAUUAUCAUCGUCUAUUAUUAACACAUUCACUUUGUUUACCAAUGAUACAAGAUCUUCAAUCAUGGAUUAAAUUAGCUAACCUUUGUCGUAAAUCAAAUCGUUUAACAACGGCUGAUUUUAUAUUUAAAGAAUUAACACGUACAGUUUUAAAUGAUCAAACAAAUAUCAAUUCAAAUACAUAUUAUCAACAAUUAGUUAAAUAUGAAAAAGUUAAAUAUGAUUGGUAUUGUUUAGCUGCAACUCGUCAACGUCUUGUAAUUGAAAAACAAACUCUUCAACAAGUUUCAAAUAAUGAAAAUAGUCUACAAAAUGAUUCUAGUGAUAACAUAUCAACAUCAUUGACAGAAGAAAAUAAUGAAAAUAUAAAUAUUAAACUUGAACAAAAUCAUCAAGAACAAUUAAAAUUAAUUGAAGAUAUGAAAGAAAUGAUUGUCAAAGCAUGUUUACCAGCAUUAGAUAAUUUAAGAAAACAAGCCGCAACAUCAGCUAUUUCAGGAACUACAUUAAUUGAAACAACUCAAAAUCUUAAUACAAUUUCACAAUUACCUUCAUUCUCUGUAAUAACUAACAAUACGACAUCAUCUCAAACAGCUAAUCAAUAUGAGCAAUGUCUUCGUCAAUUAAUAUCAAAAUGUUAUUUACGAAUAGGUACAUGGAAAUAUGAAUUAUUUGGUAUGACAGAUGAUAAUAUGUUAACUGAAAUAAUGAAAAAUUAUAAACAUGCUUGGACAUAUGAUGACUCAAAUUAUAAAGCAUGGAAUGCUUAUGCUGUACUUAAUUAUGAUGCUGUUAGUUAUUUUAAACAACGUGUACAAGAUUUAUCAAAUAAUAAUAAUCAACAACAAAAUCUUGAUUCAUUCAAUGAUACUUAUCGAAUAUUAACAGCAAAAAUGUUACGUUGUACAAUACCAGCUGUAAAAGGUUUAUUUAAAUCUAUUGUACUUUCAAAAGCUAAACAUUGUUUACAAAAUACUCUUCGUUUAUUAACACUUUGGUUUGAAUAUGGACAAUAUCAUGAAGUAUAUGAAGUUAUUACUAACGGUUAUCAAACAGUACCGAUUGAAGUCUGGUUAUAUGUAUUACCACAAUUAAUUGCACGUAUUGAUUCUUCAAAACCAUUAGUUAAUAAAUUAAUACGUCAUUUACUUAUUGAAGUUGGUCGACAACAUCCACAAGCAUUGAUUUAUCCACUUAGUGUUGCAUCAAAAUCAAUUGUUCGUGAUCGUGAAUUGGCAGCUAAUCGAGUCUUAAAUAAUAUGAGAGAACAUAGUCAUACACUUGUACAUCAAGCUUUAGUUGUUAGUGAAGAAUUGAUUCGAAUAUCUGUACUAUGGUAUGAAAAAUGGUAUAGAGGUUUGCAAGAAGCAUUAGAACAAUAUCCUACAAAUGGAAAUAUAUCAGGCAUGAUUAAGACAUUAGAAUCGUUACAUGCAGAAAUCGACCGUGGAAGUACAACUGUAGAUGAACGGAAAUUUCUUGAUUCAUAUGGUAAUGAUUUAACUCAAGCUCAUGAGUGUAUUCGUCGUUUUCAACGAACAACAGAUCAAACCCAAUUAAAUCAAGCGUUACGUCUUUAUUAUCAAGUAUUUAUUUGUAUUCGUACUCAAUUAGCAAGUAUAACAUCUCUUGAAUUAGACCAGAUUUCUCCACGUUUAGGAACCAAUUGUCAAAACUUGGAAUUAGCUGUUCCAGGUACUUAUGAACCAAAUAAACCACCAAUAACAAUUCGAAAUAUUCAAUCACAUAUAACAGUUAUAACAUCAAAACAGCGACCAAGAAAAAUUAGUAUAAGAGGUUCAGAUGGAUAUGAAUAUGUAUUUCUACUUAAAGGACAUGAAGAUUUACGACAAGAUGAACGUGUUAUGCAAUUAUUUGGUUUAGUUAACGAAUUUCUAUCAACUAAUGAUGAAACACGUCGUCGAAAUUUUACUAUUCAAGGUUAUUCAGUUAUACCAUUAGCACCAAAUAAUGGUUUACUUAGUUGGGUUGCACAAUGUGAUACAAUUCAAGCAUUAAUUAAAGAACAUCGUGGCAGAGCAUGUAUUCCAUUUGAUACUGAAUAUUCUUAUGUGCGCGAAAAAGCUCCAAAUUAUGAUCAAUUACCAUUAUUAAAUAAAGUUGAAAUAUUUGAAGAUGUUUUAAAUUCCUUCAAAGGAGAUGAUUUAGCUAAAAUUUUAUGGCAUAAAAGCUCAAGUGCAGAAAUAUGGUUAGAUAGAAGAUCAAAUUAUACAAGAUCAUUAGCAGUAAUGUCUAUGGUUGGCUACAUAUUAGGUUUAGGUGAUCGUCAUCCAUCAAAUUUAAUGCUUGAUCGUACAAGUGGAAAAGUUGUUCAUAUAGAUUUUGGUGAUUGUUUUGAAGUAGCGAUGACACGAGAAAAAUUUCCUGAAAAAAUUCCAUUUCGUUUAACACGUAUGUUAUGUAAAGCAAUGGAAGUAACUGGUAUUGAUGGAACAUUUCGUAUGACAUGUGAAUAUGUUAUGGAUGUAUUAAGAAAAAAUCGUGAUAGUCUUAUGGCUGUAUUAGAAGCAUCUGUACAUGAUCCAUUACUUAGUUGGCGUUUAUUAAAAAAUAAUAAUAAUGAACAAAGUGCUACUCUAUCAAUAACAAGUAACCGUUUGCCAGAACCAGAUCAACAACAACAACAUUAUCAAUCACAUUUAUCAACAAUUAAUGAAGAAGAUAAUGAUCAUGAAAGUACAGUCAGUGAUAAAAUGCAACAACAACAUGUUCAAGAACCAGAUCAAAAAAUACGAGCAGUUGAAAUAAUGAAUCGUGUGCGAGAAAAAUUAACUGGAAAUGAUUUUCAUCGAGAACAACCUGUUGAUAUCCCAACACAAGUUGAAUUACUUAUUCAACAAGCAACUUGUCAUGAAAAUCUUUGCCAAUUGUACAUUGGUUGGUGUCCAUUUUGGUAA